AUGGUCGAGACGUCGGGCGGGAGGUGGAGGCUGCACCUCCACGGCCAGCGGCGGAGCGCGGCGGCCUUCCUGGCCGCCAACAAGACCCUGCUCGCCGCCGUGUGGGUCGCCGGGUUCGCGCUCGUCUUCCUGUGGCAGAGCGCCUCCGUGUUCGUCGCCGGGGGCGGGGGCGGGCCCCGCCCGGCGCCCGCGCCGUCGCGCCCGGCGCCGCGGCUGCGCCCGAUGGCGUACAACCUGACCGACUUCGGGGGCGUCGGGGACGGGCGGGCGGUGAACACCCGGGCCUUCGAGCGCGCCGUGGAGACCGUCUCGGCCUUCGCGGACCAAGGCGGGGCGCAGCUCAAUGUGCCGCCCGGCCGCUGGCUCACGGGCCCCUUCAACCUCACCAGCCACAUGACCCUGUUCCUCGCCGAGGGCGCCGAGAUCCUCGGCAUUACGGACGAGAGGGAUUGGCCGCUGAUGCCAGCACUGCCAUCUUACGGAUAUGGGAGGGAGCGCAAAGGACCUCGCUUCGGGAGUCUAAUUCAUGGACAGAAUUUGAAAGAUGUUGUCAUUACAGGACACAAUGGUAGCAUAAAUGGCCAGGGUGAAGUUUGGUGGUUGAAGCAUCGCAGAAGAAUGCUGAAGAACACGAGACCUCCACUUGUACAACUGAUGUGGUCCAAGGACAUUGUUAUUACAAAUAUAACGUUGCGGAAUUCACCUUUCUGGCACUUCCACCCAUAUGAUUGCACGAAUGUUACUGUUUCGGAUGUUACAAUCUUAGCUCCUAUUUCCGGUGCUCCGAACACAGAUGGCAUAGAUCCAGAUUCUUGUGAGGAUGUCCUAAUUGAGAAUUGCUACAUAUCUGUUGGUGAUGAUGCAAUUGCUAUAAAGAGCGGAUGGGAUCAAUAUGGGAUUGCAUAUGGGCGGCCGUCUUCUAACAUCUUAAUACGCAAUGUGACAGUCCGAUCUUUGGUUAGUGCUGGAAUUUCAAUUGGCAGUGAGAUGUCUGGUGGAGUUGCAAAUGUUACGGUGGAGAAUGUACGCAUCUGGGAUUCAAGGCGAGGCGUGAGAAUAAAGACUGCCAUAGGAAGAGGAGGCUACAUCCGCAAUAUCUCCUACAGCAACAUAACCUUCGACAAUGUUCGUGCUGCAAUUGUGAUAAAGGUUGACUACAAUGAGCAUGCUGAUGAUGGGUAUGACAGAAAUGCCUUCCCAGAUAUCACAGGCAUAUCAUUCAAAAAAAUACACGGGUGGGGUGUUCGUGUGCCUGUCCGUGCUCAUGGCAGCAAUUACAUCCCCAUCAAGGAUAUCACCUUCCAGGACAUGUCAGUAGGCAUCAGCUACAAGAAGAAGCAUAUAUUCCAAUGCUCCUACAUCGAAGGCCGUGUUAUCGGGUCAGUAUUUCCAAAACCAUGUGAGAAUUUAGAUGUCUACGAUGAGCAAGGGCAGCUUCUCAAGAGUGGGGCAGUGCUGAACAGUACGGAAGUUGAUUAUGAUAUAUGA